UUGGAUUUUAGAAUUGUAAUAGGUAAACAGUAAGAAAUGUUAGUCCUGAAAUAAAAUAAAGUUUACCACAAAAUACAAAUUACAAUAAUUCUAUAUUUUCUCGGUGCCAUAUCAUAACUUAAUAUUAGGAUUUUUUAUAAUAUAUUAAUAUUAUCACGUUAUACUUACAAUUGUUGUAAUUUAGUUUUUUAUUUAUUGUGGAAUUUAUAAAAGAUGAUACCUACCUAAUUGAUGAAAUGUUAAAUGCAAAUUCAUAUUUAUUAUGAUUCCAUCUUUGACUCGUAAUAAUACAUUACAGGUGUCUAGAAUAUGAUACAAUGCGAGUGAAUAUGACCUUCUUCUGUUGUUACUACUUCCAAUAAUUAGGAGGGGUUUUGGGUCAACUUAAGAAAUUCAAAUGGGAACCAAUACUUUUUUUCCAAUCCUAAAUUAAAGACAUUUUUUUCGGAGUAUUUCGAUACAUAAAAGUCGAAUUUCGGACGAAUGGUUUAUGAGUUACAUAGGCGCAAUUUGAGUUUUAAAUUUGGAGGCUUUUACAGAGUGGAGUGUUAUAGACAUAUCCCACAAUAUGGGAAUUAAUAUUUAUUACAUUUAAAAUGAAUUCAACUGAAAAAAUUCUGAAAAACUUGAGUGCAGAUAAAAUGUCGCAAGUUGUUGCAGGUGUGCAAGCAGAUUUGGAUAAUGAAAUAAUUAAAACAAAACAAACUCUAGAUCAAAUUGAUCAAAAUAUUUUUACUUGUAUCAACAAUUUAAAAAAACUUAGAAGAAGUAUUAUUAUAUCACAUUAUGCAAAAAUGAAAAAUAAUACUGAUGGUCAUAAAAACAGUCAAAGAGAUGCCCUUCUGAAAAACUUGGAUUGUGAAGACGAAGCUAAAGAUUUGAGUGUAUUUAUGACAAAUCUGAAUAGUUUAUCGACACAAACAAAAACUGAACCCAUGAGCAACAUUGAAGAAUUAAGCAAAACCAUCUUACAAAAUACUUUACCUCCCGCAAACUUUAUUCCUAAGACUGGGUUGAUAGAUUUAACAUUUGUUAUUGGAAAUAUUGUUAAAAUAAGUGAUUCUGAAAAUGAAAUGAAAUACAAAUGGACUGUUUAUGUUCGCAAUGCAGAAGAAGGAGUUGACAAUUUGAUUUACAUUGACAAAGUAACAUAUUUCUUACAUGAAUCCUAUGAACCUAACCAUAUUGUAGAUGUAAUUAAAAAACCAUUUUCAUUAACAAGACAUGGUUGGGGAGAAUUUGUAAUUCGCUUACGUUUGCACUUCAAAGGGAACAUGAAUGUUAAAACCGAUGUAUACCAUAAACUGUGCCUGAAUAAAGACAUAACAGUUGGUAUCCCAAUGGUUGCUAAAGAGCAAACUGUUAAGUACAAAUUAUUACUGCACAAAUAGUAGUAUUUUUUUAAUGUAGAUUUAGACUUUGUAAAUUGUGUACAUAGAAGUAUAAUAACUAUAAUGUAUAAAACUAUAAAAUUAUUUUACUUUUAAUUGUAAUUGUAUAAAUAAAUAAGAAAAUCUUAUUAAAAACAAA